UAAAACAACAAACAAAUUAAUCAUGUGUCACGUCACUAAACGCAUCACGCAGUUCUAAGAAGCUGAUUGGUCCAAACGGAACCCGGUAGUGACGCUGACCGCUGGUUGGCCGAGUACUCCUGAACGCUACCAAUCUCAUCCAACACACUCACACACGGGUUAGAGAGACCAACAUGGCUGAAGCGGAGGGAAGCGAGUUAACUUCAGGAGGGAUCUUUCAGGAGAUCUUCACGUCCCCGCUCAACCUGACGCUGCUCAGCCUCUGCCUCUUCCUGCUCUACAAGAUCUUCCGCGGCGACAAACCGCCGGAGCUCAGCGAGGCGGAGAAGCCGCUGCCCAAGCUGAAGAAGAGGGACUUCACCCUGGCGGAGCUGAAGCCCUACGAUGGACUACAGGAUCCGCGGAUCCUCAUGGCCGUUAACGGCAAAGUGUUCGACGUGACCCGGGGGAAGAAGUUCUACGGACCAGAGGGACCGUAUGGAGUGUUUGCAGGCAGAGAUGCAUCCAGAGGUUUGGCUACCUUCUGUCUGGAGAAAGAUGCCCUGAAAGACGAACACGACGACCUGUCAGACCUGAACGCUAUGCAGCAGGAGAGUCUGUCUGAGUGGGAGACUCAGUUCACCUUUAAGUACGAUUACAUCGGCAAGCUGCUGAAGCCAGGAGAGGAGCCCACCGAGUACACCGACGAUGAGGAAACAAAGGACAAGAAGGCGGACUAGAAAAGUAACUCAAAAGGGGGAAAAAAAAAAAAGAGAAAUGCCUUAAUGUUUGUAAUUUGAUUCCUGUUGCCUCCUUUUAGGACCAUUCAGAGAAAACACUUUUGGACCAAUCCUGGAUUUUCUACGUCGACUGAAUUCCGUUUAUCUCAAUUUAUCCUCACUGAAGGCAUUAACAGCUGAAUAACUGUGUUCUGAUGUAGAGCUGUGUAGUUUGUUAGAGUUUAUAGUAGUUGUUGUAAACCAGCCUGGGCCCUUUGCUGCAUUCCCUCCCCUCCUUGUCUCUCUGCUGUUGUUUUUUUGGUAAUUAAACCUGAAAAAAAAAAAUCAUCUUUCAGGAAUAAUAUUGAUCCUUGGACCAGUUCCAGCCUUUUUUAAAGCCUCUGCUGGAUGGUGAUGAACCGCACUUUUAUUGCAGGUUUCAUGUAAGGAUGUCAGGAAUCAGUUUUCAUAUUAAAUUCAUAAAAAUACAUUGAUGGUCUGCAGCUAGAGAGCAAGUUUAAAGGAAAAUCACAGUAUGUUUGAAUGCUUUUCUCACAGUUGUUUAAAACAUCUUCUGGAUUACAAGCCUCCUGAAACUUCACAAAUGUGCUUCCCUCUAAAAAGCUCCAAUCUACCAAUCAUUUGCUUUUAACAAGAUUGUUUAAGCUUUUCAAAAUAAAAGCUUUAAGUGGCUCGUAUACAAAGAAAGGAGGACCCACAAUCAGAAUUAUCCUUUAAGAGGAGAGUGAAUGCAGCCAAGUGGGCCGAACAUUGAUGAACCGAAGUGAAUAUUUUUAGACAUUAAAGAUAAACACAGCUACAGAUCUGCUUUAACUCCUUCUUUGUGCUGAAUCACAUUUCAUUUUCAUCAAACAGCCAAGUGGAUCAUUACUUGAUUUCGGAAUGUGCAAGAAAUGUUUGCUGCCUUUUCUUUUGUCAGCUCCUCAAACUAUAACAGGACGACAAUGCACGGAUGUUUGUGACGUUCCCUCACAUUGGUUUAUGCAAGUUUUCACAGGUUUUAAUCUGCUUUGACUGUAAUAUUCACCGUGACAAUCUAGCUGUUGCAUCCAGCAGCAUAUUUGCUUUGUUUUCUCAACCUGCAGAGGUUGUCUGUUUCUCAGCGGUUUGUGUAAUCUCAUUAAAAGUCAGUCAACAAAGCAGUUCAGUCGUCUGUAAAGCAAAUUUUUAAAGCAUUCUUUGGUUUCAGCUUCUCAAAAUAUACAGAUUUGCUGCUUUUCUUUGCAAUUUCUUUCAGGUUUUGGACUGUAGGUCAGACAAAACAAGUAAGGUGCAAUGAUUCUGUGAAAAAAAACAAACAGAAAAAAUGCUAAAACACGAAGCCCUCGUUCGCACACUCUUGUGUUUCUAAUGUUGAUCACUGUAGUUUAUCACAUGGUGCAGAGCAAAGUGUUGAAGACAUGGCUUCAUCUUUAAACACUAGUGAGGCCAAAUGCUGCCAGUUAACUGCUGUUUUAAAUAAGAAAACACAAGAAGUCGUAUUUAAUUAUUUCCCCCUUUCAGCUGAUCAUUUGUUUACAUUCUUGUUAACACUAAUCGAUGGCAAAGAGGCCAAAGAGGCUCAGUGGACCCUUCAACAGCAAGUCAACGGUUAAAUUCUGGUUCUGUUUGAAGCCAUUUUCCAACUUUGUCCACCACAUUUUUUCAGCAUAAAUGCUAAAUGUUAUGCUAUUCUUCCUGAUUAUGUCAGUCACUUCCUGCAGAAAUAAGCAGUUAAUUUAUAAUCCAGAAGUUAAAAUGGAAGAAGAUGGUGUUUUUCUGACUGUAGAAAAAUAUGCUCUGCUAAUAUUUUUCAUUCUUUGCCACCAUCAUCUGUGUAACUUUCCAUAUAAACAGAUUCAGCGAGGGAACAUUUUCAGUAUGCAUGUACAUAAUACUCAUAAUACUGUCAUACUGUUGUAAUCCUCAAAUGAUAUUUUGAUUAAAUAAAAAGUACAACAAAACAA